AUGAAUAAAGUUGAAUUGCCAUCUAAUUUGAGAAUCUAAAAUUUUUUGUAAAAUGAACUAACAAAAACAGAUAAAUAUGUUAAAUAACAUGUAAAAAUUUCUACAAAAAUUUAUUUUUAGGAGAAAGAGCUUAAUACUCUAUAAAAAUACUAAAAAAUAAUUUCAUAAAACUGUCAAUCCAAUAAAGAGAAAUUAUCACAAUUAUUUUCAAAAUAAUUUGAACUUGAUUAACAAUUGAAGGAAAAAAAUAAUCAAGUAAUAAAAUUAUAAUAGAUAUAGUUAAAACAAAAGAGAUUUUUGAAUGAGUAAAGUUAUCUUUAAUAAUAAAAAGAGAAAGAUUAUUUAUAAGCAUUGGAUUCUUAUUGGAGUUAUUAAUAAAAUUUUUAUCCAAAUAUUGAUUAUAUGUCAGACUCAGUUGAGAAAUCUCGAUAACAAUUAGUAUAAUAUUAUGAACAUCAAUUAUCUUUAGAAGAAAAUUAAUCUGAGAGGAAUUAAAUAAAAUAAAAAAUAUUUUAAUUAAGAGAUGCAUAAGUACUUAAUUUAUAAUAUUUGCAAGAUUAAAUAUAAUAAAUGUAGAAGCAUAGAAGGUAAAAUAAAAAAAGCAGAAAAAUUAAGAAUAUAGAGAUUUGAUACUUCAGUAGAAAAAAUUAAAAAACAUGAAUAACACAUUUUAGAUGUGAUGUAUCAGAACUAAAUUUUAAGUGAAAGAAAGUCUGAUUAUUUUAAAAAUAAAAUUCAUAUGUUAAAGGAGAAACUUUGUUUAUCUGAAUUAGAAUAAGGAUAGAAAAGAUUAGAUUAAGUUUCAAAAGCAAUUGAAAAAGAUAAUCAUAGAUUAAAAGUUAAUUUGUUAAAAUAUUUUAGGUAAAAGUUAAUUGUGAAAAAAUAAAUCAACAAAAUGAUUCAAUACAUAUUAAUCAUUUAGAAGAUAAAUUAAAUAAAAUAAGUUCAUUAGAGGAAAUAAAAAAAAUCUUAAAAAAAGGUAGACAUUAGAUAACCAACAAUAUGUAAUAAUAGAAAAGUGAAAUUGUUUAGUAGAUAGAUGAUCUGAGAAAUUCCUCUUUAAAAUCAAGUAUUUAUUAAAGUUAAUUGUUAUAUUAUUGA